GUCAUUCUGAGGAUGGGGAACCGGAAGUAAAUUGAAUACUGCAGACAGAAUUGAAAGGUUUCUGACGUUGUAUUGCUGCAGUAUUACCGAAAAAGCGCGAACGCGUACCGUUUAGAAAAAAUAAGAGAAAAGAAAAUAAUUUUGUUUUGUAGUGGAGAUCUUAUUCCAAACAAUUUUUUAGAGCUCAACUGUCACCUUGGAUGAAGUUUCCGUCCAUGCAUUUUAUCCUGAUCUGAUUAAAACAUCCGACACUGUACCCCAUGAUAGAAUUGGAUGUAAACUCUGAGAUCUGAAGUUGUUUUGUAGGUUAAAGGAUGAGCCAGGAAGAGCUGAACUCAGCAGCAAUCCCACUUCCUUUGAAGGAUGUGCAAGGGGACAACAGAUGGAUGUCUCAGCAUAACCGUUUUGUCCUGGAGUGUAAAGAUAAGGAACCAGACGUUCUGUUUGUGGGGGACUCCAUGGUACAACUUUUGCAUCAGUAUGAGCUGUGGAGAGAGCUGUUUUCUCCUCUUCAUGCACUGAAUUUUGGAAUUGGAGGAGACACGACAAGACAGGUGCUGUGGCGACUUCAGAAUGGAGAACUGGAGAAUAUUAGACCCAAGGUGAUUGUUCUUUGGGUAGGCACAAACAACCAUGACCACACAGCUGAAGAAGUUGCAGGAGGGAUUGAAGCAAUCGUGCAGCUAAUAAAUACUCAACAGCCUCAAGCAAAAGUGAUUGUAAUGGGCUUAUUACCCCGUGGAGAAAAGCCUAAUCCACUGAGGACGAAAAAUGACAGAGUCAAUCACCUGUUGAAAGCUUCUCUUCCAAAAUUACCAAAUGUACAGUUUUUGGAUACAGACUCUGGUUUGGUGCAUUCUGAUGGCACCAUCAUAUGCCAUGACAUGUUUGACUUUUUGCACUUAACUGCUGCGGGUUAUGCUAAGGUUUGCAAACCACUUCAUGAACUGCUAUUACAGCUCCUGGAAGAAACACCGGAGGAGAAGCAAGCCACACUGACCUGAUCGAUAAGAAGGACGUAUUAUGUUUAUUGACAACAUUCUUGAUCUUCAGUAUCAGUCACUGAGACAACAUAAAAUCUUUUUAUCCUCCUCGGUGCAGUCCUUUUAGGUUGCUCUUACAUUUUAACUUUAAUGGACACCUAGGAAUGAGCAGAGGGUCAGAAUGUCGAACAGACUUGUAUUUUGUUUUAUUUUUGGCUACUUGGCCUUUAGCUUGGACACACUGAUUUAAUUUGUUUCAUCUCUGCAGAGUUUUGGACCCUGCAUCAGAAACAUUUGUAAAGCAGUCUGUUUAGGUGCAUUUUAUUUAGAGUACAGGCAACAACUUCUGUGAAUCUCCAAACAAAUUGUUGAAGUCUUUAUGGAGUUAUGUUACUUGCAUGUUUGUGUUUAUGUAUAUAUGUACCUGUGUCUGUAAGUGUGUGUUGAAUGUCUCCAAGACAAGAGUUCCAGUGUAAGUGUGAAAUGCUGAAAAUGUAGAUGUUCAUAGAUAUGAAAAGAUGCAGUUUUUGAGUUCUUAUGUGUAGAAAAUAUUAAGGAUGAAGAAAAUGAAAGGUAGGCUGUUACAGGCAGUUCCUUUGGCUGGUUGCAGUUGAAACCAGUUUGAGGAGGCACCUACAGUUGUUGUUCCUUUGGCUUUUCCUGGUUAGGGGUCACCACAGCGGAACUCCGGUCCGCUAAUGAUUGGCAGUAGAUUUUCACGGUGCCGAUGUGCCAGCUCGAUGCCCAACCUUCAACAAAGGCACGCCCAUUCACGCAUGUCUUUCGAAUGCCACUCGACCACGGGGAGGACAUGUAGACUCCACACAGAAGGCGCUCCAGCCGAGAAUCGAACAGGAGGACCUUUUGUAUUGUAAUACCUGGGUAGUUUUUAUAUAUUUUUUAUAAACUGAUUUCUGGUCAUAGUGGAACCUAGAUCUUUCAUUCCGUCUGCCUCUCAGUUUUUCACGCUACUGAUUAAAGUGUAUUGUACUGACAGUAUACCACAGAGUUAAGACAUUGAGCAUCUAAUGAACUUCAUUUUUUUGUGUUAACUUCAUUGGUUUUUACUUUGAUUCUGAGGAAAUUCUCUAACUAGACAGUAUACCCGUAAUUUCUUUAUAAAAAAGGCAGUUGUGCUUGAUGGGUUUUUGCAGUUAACAGAUGUAAAGUCUAACCUAUUUACAUACCAACUCUUCCAGACCCUAGUUCGUCCCUUUGCCCUGUCCUACACUCCUUCCUUAUGAUAUGAAUGUCUUAAGAUGCUGUGUAGCAUGUCUUAUACCCAGGAGAAGAAAAUGAAAAACAGAACUGCUACCUCAUGCUGAACUCUGUAUGAAGUAAGUAAUCUAGGACCACUUGCAGCUUGUUUGUCAAAUUCUAGUCAGUGAUGCUCCACUGAAGGGCACACUUUUUUUUUUCUUGAGAGUGUAAUGUAGCUUUUUUUUUAACUAUGUUACAUAUAACAUGAUUUUGUCAGUACUCGUAUACAUAUUUUUAGUGCAGCAUUAUACAGAAUAAGCAGCUUGCAUGCAAGUAGACCUGGGUUUUUAAUAUUUUUGGUAUUUACAGUGUAGGUCUGUUAAAGAUCAAGAUUGGCAUUGUAAUUUCAUACUUUUAUGUUAAAAGUUGAACUGUUGCAUUUCAGUUUUUGUUGAAAGCUUUUCAUCAUAUUUACAGGACUUUUAUAAGAUUUGUUUUCCUUUGGGCUUCUAAUCCUCAUAAUUUAACUUUUGUCAUUUGCACAUGGCAAAGGGAGAGCUACAUUCCUACUCUGUACCUUAGGUAUUUGUUUGGGGCAGUCUGUCUUUUCUGUUAAAGCAUGGAGUUGCCAUAGAAUUGUCUACAGAAAAUGUGUCUGUCUGAAAUUUCCAUCUAAUCUGAAAACUGCCCCGAACAUGAUGUUGCAGCACAGCCACUCAGUCAGUGUUUUUUUUUCUUACAAGUAUUAAAACCAUAGAUGGUGAUUGGAGCUCUGUUUCAGGAAUGAAAUCAUCUGUGUCGCCUGGUGUGGUUUAUUCACUUACUAUAUUCCACUGAUGAUUGUUUUCUAAUUCCUUAUUAUACCUCUAAGAGAAAAGACAAAACUAAUGACCCCCCCCCAUAGUAAUCUGUAGAGGCUGCAGUCUAUUCUACACAGACUUUUUACAAAAAAAAACACAUGAGUAAGGGCUGGGUGUUAUCUUUUAUGGUAAUACACCUUGAAGCAGCUUCUAAGAUAAUACACCUUGAAGCCUUGUCUAAGUAUUAACUUUUUGUCAAAUAGAGCAUAUCCUGUGGUUGUCUCCCUUACUGAUAACACAGGCCAUUCACAGAGGUUGCAUCCACUUUGUGUCUGAUGGCCUGACAGUGUACCAUAAUAAUUACUACAAUGUCAGUGUGUGCGAAAGCUCAUUCACCUUGUUCUUGAAACUCAUAAUCCAGCUAACAGACAGUCUGGUUCCUGGCCUGACCAGUGCUAGGUUACCUUUGUCUCCCCGCUCUUCCCCCAAUGAAAAUUCCUGUUGUAGCCGUUUACUUCUACCAGCCACUGCAGCCUAUAAAACUUGUACGAAUAAGUGCAAGUUAUGUGAUCCUUCUAUUAUUUAGCGUGUGUCAUACAGCUAAAUCCAUAAAACCAUCUAUAUCUCUGUAACCUAGGCAAGUCAAAUUAACCAUACUGUUGUUUAUACAUUUUAAUACUAAAUUUCAUGUCUGACUGUGGCUUUGGGAGAUUGAGAUUGGGGACCAUAUUAUAUUUUAAGCUAAAAAAUGUUUCUUCAGUUUUUGUGAAAAAGAGAUGGGUGCAAAAUGUUUAAAACCAUGCUUUCUAAAAUUUACUCUGCACACUUCCCUUUCCACUGCACCAUAAAGUUGUCUUCAGCUAGGUCCCACUCUCAAGAAAUGACUUUAGCAUGGGCUAAAUAGCUUCUAUUUACUCAUCUGUUUGCUGCCAUCUCCUGUGUCUUUGAGAUGAUCCUCAUCUGACGCUACCAGAGGGGAACAUUCAGCUGAUCUUCGAGGUACAUGGUGGCAGGCACUCAAGUUCUAAUUUAUAGCAUUCUGCCAUUAGAUGGCACUGUCCCAUUAUCUAGCAAGUUCUUCAGCUACCCUCUUUCCCGUGGUAAGACCGGGUCAUUGCCAAAAUAAUUGCUGGUCUAAUGGAAAGGCUGGACAUUAUGAAAACAACGACCAAGCUAGUUCUUCCAUCAUUUGGGUUGUUUUCAGUAAGUUACUCUUUAAUGAUGUCAUGUAAAUCAGGAGUGAAGUUUAAAUUAAAAUGGCUACACAGCUUGUAUUUCCUUCUUAAGAUAUGAGUGGUAGAAGUACUCAGAAAGGUGACAAAAAGGUGGUUGUAAAAAUGAGAUUAGGGCUGGAUUUAGCAGGCACCCCAGCCCUAAACUAUGGAGGAUGCCUGUAGUGGAGCGCAUACUUUACUUUUGCUUGAUGGCCUUGAAGGUUCUUGUCUUUUUUUAUACUAACAGUGGGAGUAAAUACUUUUUUGUACAGGAAGGGGAGGGCAUUCUUGUACUUCUGCUAAUCCUUCACUCUUCAAAGAUUACGAUGGACAAUUGAAUUCUGACGUGAAGAGCAAGAGCUCUGAAGUGUAGUGGUGCACCUCCUCUUGCCUGUAUCCUUUCUGGGUAGUUCUUGCAAAUUAUCCUGCUUGUGAACUUUUUUCUUCCAUCCCAUACUGUUUGUUUAUGCCUGGAUUACAAUGUGUAUGGAAAGAGCCAUCAUUUCCAAAAUCUGUGUAAAAUGCGUUUCUCAUUUAUAGAAGAAAGUCUACUGUACUUUUUGUCAUCAUAGAGCUUAUGGGUGCAGCACUUCUGUUAUUUGUCUAGUCUUUGAACAUCAUUGGACAGUGAGUAUGACUACCAGUCUGUCAUAUUCUGAGGCAGGUAGUGAUUUUUCUCUUCUGUAAAAUGUGAAAAGUCUGGAUAUAAAUCAGUAAGUUUGAUAACUAA